AUGCUGGAUCCAGCGAAGCUUUGCGAGGAGCUGCGAGAGCGCGCUCACCACCGUGAAGAGGAGGUUCGAGAGGCAUUCGCAGUUACCGCCAAGGAGGCUGCACAAGCCGAGCUUCGACGAUGCAAAGAGGAGCUGGAGGCCGCCCGGAUCGAGCUGACCCGGCAGAGGAGUGAAGACUUGCCCAAGCCUGCCGUGGAGGCCAAAGCUGACUGCCUCCGGCGUUCGCUGAUGGCCUCUGGAGGCUUGCGCAAGGCUCUGGACGCCACGGAUGCGGAAGGCCGUGUUUCGCGGUGCUUGGAGUUGGCCCGCGCCAACAAGCUCCCAUUAGCCGACACCGCGGCCUCUCACAUGGCUGAGAUGUGCCCCGACGCCGGAGUGGAGGAGCUCUGGAGAGACUUCCUUUCCUGGGCAGAAGCCGGCGGUGCUCAGGGCUUGGAUCAAGUGAUGCUAGGCAGCAUGGGAUACCUCUACGACACGAGAAUUGCUUUCGUGGCAAAGGACGAUGGCCCAGUGCGUGGGCUCGUGGCUAAACGAGAGGUCACCUCUCCGAUCAUUUUGCCAAGAUGCCUGCUGCUCACGGCUUCUUCGGAGUCGGAGUUAGGGAUAAAGCUGGCCUUGGAGAAGAAGAGGAUGCUCAGCGGUUUGGGGAGCUUUUGGUCUCCUUGGAUCCGGAUUUUGCCAGACAAGGCAGAACUGCAGCAAUACCACAUAGCGUAUGCGUCCGAAGAGCUCCUGAAUGCCUUCCACGAGCUGCCGGUGGUCGCAAGAACCCGAGCCUGGCAUCAAAGCCUCGCCGAAGACUGGCGUAAAGAGGCUGAGAAUUGGCAGCAACAGGCCGAACAGAUCGGACCCACCGCCUUGACCUUCGACGACUUUUUCUGGGCCUGCACUGUCGUAAAGACACGCGUGUACUUGCCUCCUCCAACGUAUUGCUUCAUGCCGCUCGCUGACAUGAUGAACACGGAACCUGAACCCAACAUGGACGUGUAUGACAGCUUGGAAGUUGAUGCCCCCGGCCGCACGGAGUACUACGGGAUCCUCCUGCGAGAUGGCUGCCGUGUCAGCGCGGGGCAGGAACUGACGCAGGCCUAUCGACCUGUCGACAACUCCGAGCGAUUGUUCAGGGGCGGCUUCUUGCUGAAGGACAACCCGGUGGCGGUCCCGCGGCUGGCCAUAAAAGUACCAGCGUCGGAGGUCUCUCCAGGCCGAUUGUCACGAAGGACACAGAAGUGGCGACAUGAGCCGGAAAAUCGGCGAUGCCGGAGAUUAUGA